AUGUAUACCAUAACAAACAUUUAUGUGCUUGCUGCCUUUGGUACCAUUGGAGGCGCUCUUUUUGGCUUUGAUGUGAGCUCCAUGAGCGCCUGGAUUGGCGUUGAUACAUACACAGAUUACUUCGGCUCGCCAGACUCCAACCUCCAAGGCGGAAUUACAGCUUCAAUGUCCGCUGGUUCUUUUGCGGGCUCAAUUGCAGCCGGUUGGUUAUCAGAUAUCCUUGGCCGUCGCUAUGCACUGAUGAUCGCCUCUCUUGUUUGGAUCGUGGGAGCAAUGGUUCAAUGUAGUGCACAAAGCGUGACACAUUUGGUCGCUGGUCGUGUUGUCAGUGGGCUUGCAGUUGGUGUGACCUCCUCGCAAACAUGUGUCUACUUAUCAGAACUGGCACCUGCCCAUAUCCGUGGUCGUGUAGUUGGUAUCCAACAAUGGGCAAUCGAAUGGGGUAUUUUGAUCAUGUACUUGAUCGCAUAUGGCUGCGUGGUUGGUGUGUCUGGCGCGGCUGCUUUUCGGAUUUGCUGGGGUGUACAGGCUAUUCCAGGGCUCAUCCUGUUUAUCGCUUUGUUCUUUUUCCCGGAGUCCCCUCGCUGGCUCGCUUCGCAAGAGCGCUGGGAAGAAGCGUUGGACACAUUGGCAGUUAUUCAUGCCAAUGGUGAUCGCCAUGACCCGGUUGUGCAGGUUGCAUUCGAAGAAGUUCAACAGGCCGUCCACGUUGCGCUUGAAUCUCACAAUGUCUCCUUCCUAGCAUUGUUUGGACCUCGUGUUUGGAAACGCACGAUGUGCGGAAUGAGCGUUCAAAUGUGGCAGCAGCUCCUUGGUGGUAAUGUUGCGAUGUACUACGUGGUUUAUAUCUUCGAGAUGGCUGGCAUGACUGGUAACACAACUCUGUGGUCCUCCGCCAUUCAGUAUGUCAUCUUCUUAGUGACUACCGGCAUUAUGCUUCCUUUCAUCGACCGCGUUGGACGAAGAAGUCUACUUCUUCUCGGAUCUGUCACCUGCAUGGUUGUGCACUUCAUCAUUGCUGGUGUCAUGGCAAGCAAAGGCAAUCCAGUUGCAAACGUGAAUGGCAAUGCGAACUUGACAUGGGAGAUAAAGGGCAGUGCAGGGAUGACAGUUAUCGCUUUUUCAUACAUCUUCACCGGCAUCUACGGCCUGACUUGGGCUCCCACUGCUUGGGUUUAUGCUGCCGAGGUUUUCCCUCUUAAGUACCGAGCGAAGGGCGUCGGGUUGUCGGCGGCCACGAACUGGAUUUUCAAUUUUGCCCUGGCUUACUUUGUGGCCCCGGCCUUCCACAAUAUUCAGUGGAAAACAUAUAUUAUUUUCGGGGUAUUCUGUACUGUCAUGAUUUUCCACGUGUUCUUCAUGUAUCCUGAAACGGUGGGCCGGUCACUCGAGGAGGUCGACCUGGUCUUCGAGACGAAUAUCAAGCCAUGGCGCACUCACGAAAUCGGAGAUCUUUUUGGAGAAGAGAUUGAACGUCGCAAGGACCUUGGUGCUAAGAUGGAGAUUGGUGGUGCAACCCAUGAAGAGGUGGUUUGA